UCUAAAACUGAAAAUGGCAGCUGAAUUUGAAAGGCGUUGCGAAGGAGGAGGCCAGGGUCCAAGCUCAAUUGUAACAAUACCCACACCUCCACCAUCAUCAAGACUAUCUGAAAGAAAGCUCAAAGACAAAUGCUUUAGGUGCGGGAAUCAAGGUCACUGGGCACAAGAUUGCCCUUCCACCACUACCCCGACAAAGAAUGCUUCGUCUCACCCCUCCACUCCUCCACCGGACUUCCACCACUUCCCCGUGCUGCGUUGCCAUUGCGGUGUCGCUUGCACGCUUUGUGUUUCCCGCCGCGACGUUAGUUUUGGCAGAAGGUAUUAUGCUCGCAACUGCGACUGCGGUGCUGCCAAGGGGAGCUGGUCGGGUCGGAAUUUUUACAAAUGGUGCGAGGAUGUCAAGGCACCUCUGUGCAGGUGCGGCGCCGGAGCAUGCACGAUCAAUUUCCGGGAAGACAGCUUCGGGAACUAUGUUAAGUACUAUACUUGCCGUAUUAGAACUGGGCAUGGAUCGUGUGGUUUCUUGCUUUUUGAAAGUUUUCCAAGUUCAUUGCCAAGGUCUAUGGAGAUAGAUACAGGACGAUCAAUAUCGACCCCUCAGAAUGGGGAGCCACACCACAGUAGGAGUUGCAAGGAUGAAUGUUCCAUACCCAGUUCCUCUAACAGAAAAUUUUCUAUUCAUGAAGUCGAGACAAGCAAUUUUGCCGUAGGGAAAGGGCACUGUGUUUCCAGUCCAAUGUCUUGGUCUGAUAUCCGUUCCCGUCAAAAAGAGUUCCAGAAUCAGAUGUCUGCUGCUAGGAAUUCAUCAAAUGGAUGUAAAGCUCUUCAAAUCAUGGGUCGCUGUGUUCAUGGUUGGGUUGGAAGGCUUGCUUUCCCUCCUCCUCGGGUCUUAGCAGAUCCUCCUCUUUGGCAUUUCUUUAGCUGUCUAUUACCUUUGUUUGAUCCAAUUUUAGUUUCUGAAUAUGCCAAUAUAUCUGUUAGUGGAAGUUCAAGUAUAAUCCCUCGUGCUUAUUCAAGUGCUGAAGUUGAUGAAGAAUCACAAAAUGCGCUUGGGCACGAUACUCCAUUGCUGGCUGUUCCUUUAGGGACUUCAAGCCAAAAAAGAUCGUUUUCUUCUAUGCAAGACGGUGUAGACAAUCCGAUAUGGAAGAAAGUUGGAAAGCAUCUUCCGAAAGACCUCAGUCUUCUGGUGUCAAUGGAUCCAUCUGAUCAUAAUACCAUAUUUCUGACAGCGAAUGAUACUUUUGAUGAUUUGGCUAGUCUGUCGAUUGAGUGUGAACCUUCCGCUGAGUGUUCAACGAGGUCUAAUCUGUGCGUAUCACAGGUAGCGGGAACGGAGUUAGCUCUCCAAAAUAGCUGCAAUCAGCUGGAGCCAACCAUCCAGCAAAAUAUUAAACCAGUCGCUCAAUUGGCUUCUCAUUUUAAGGAAAUGCUUCAUCAAAUUGGGGAACUUGAAACUUUUCUUCUAAAUAUUGCCAAGGAUUUGGGGCAGUCGAUGAGAAGCAUGCAGGCUACGUACCAAGAGCUGACGAAAGCUUUGAAACUUCCAGAGGCCGAAGUCGAGCAAUGCAUGGCGGGGACAACAGUAGAUGAGAUGGAGAAAGGAAGAGUCCCUGAAGAAGAACUUAAAUCCUCUUCUCUGCCUACAUUGCCACCAACAAUACCAUCCAAUGUGAAGCCAGAGAGCUUGAAGCCUCCCAAGUAUUCUAUUGUCAGUAGGGGUGAGGUCGGGACUAGUGGACGAAAGAUAUCCUUGCUUGCUAAUCACUUCAAAGUUUCUGUCAGUGCCACAGAUGCUGUAUUUUACCAAUAUACUGUUACCAUUUCUUCAGAAGAUAGGAGAGUUGUUGAAAACAAACGUAUUGGGAGAAAACUUGUUGAUAAGCUUUACCAAACAUACUCUUCAGAACUUGCUGGAAAAAGAUUUGCAUAUGAUGGUGAAAAAAGUUUGUAUACAGUGGGUCCUUUGCCACAGAACAAGUUUGAAUUUACAAUAGUGAUGGAGGAAUCAUUUGCAAAAUGGAAUCCUGAUGCUGGUGGUGGACCUCCUGAGAGUGGCAAGAGGACAAAGUGUUCUUUCCUGUCAAAGACUUACAUAGUAGAACUAAGCUAUUCUACUAAAAUACCUUUUAAGUCAAUAUCUCUUGCCCUCAGUGGAGUUGAAUCAGAUAACAGGUCUCAGGAUUCUUUAAGAGUACUCGACAUCAUCUUGAGGCAACAAGCUGCUGACCGGGGUUGCCUUUUGGUGAGACAAUCCUUCUUUCAAGAUGAUUCAAGGAAUUAUGUUGAUGUUGAAGGAGGUGUAUUGGGUCUGCGGGGAUUCCACUCCAGUUUUCGUCCCACCCAAGGGGGCUUGUCUCUGAAUAUGGAUGUAACUACGACUAUGGUUUUAAGGCCUGGACCGGUAUUUGAGUUUCUAAAACAGAACCUGAAUCUAAAGGAUGAUCAAUUCUGGAUGAAGGCCAAACGAAUUUUGAAGAACUUGAGGAUUAAAACAGUACACCGUAACAUGGAAUUCAAAAUAGUUGGUCUGAGUGAAAAGCCCUGUUCUGAGCUAUACUUCCCGAUGAAAGUUAAAAAUGGUGACUCUGGUGAGGCACAGACUGUUGAGAUCACAGUGUAUGAGUAUUUCACCAAACAUUGUGGAAUUGAACUUACAUAUUCUGCGGACAUGCCAUGUCUUGCUCUUGGUAAACCAAAGUGUCCCAACUAUUUACCACUGGAGCUCUGUUCACUUGUUCCACUCCAGCGGUAUACAAAAGCAUUAUCUUCGAAUCAAAGAGCAACCCUGGUAGAAAGAUCCAGGCAGAAGCCUCGGGAAAGAAUUCAAAUUCUUAAUGAUGCUUUGAGAAAUAACAAAUUCAAUGAGAACCCUGUACUCGUUGAAUGUGGAAUUUCCAUAGGUAGGCAAUUGACAGAAGUUGAUGGUAGGAUCCUAGAGACUCCAAGGUUAAAGGUUGGUAAUCACGAGGACUGCAUCCCACGAAAUGGACGUUGGAACUUUAACAACAAGAGACUUCUGGAUCCAAAAAGAAUUGAACGUUGGAUUGGUGUAAACUUCUCUGCUCGUUGUGACCUCAGUAGAAUUUCAAGGGAUCUAAUCAGUUGUGCAAGAAACAAGGGCAUUGAAAUGGAACGCCCACACACACUGAUUGAGGAGGACCGACAGCAUGCUGCUAAAGCCAGCCCUGCUGCUAGAGUGGAGGCAAUGUUUGAGCAGAUAAUAGCAAAGCUUCCUGGUCCUCCUGACUUCAUUCUAUGUGUCUUGCCAAUGCGAAAAAACUCUGAUAUAUAUGGACCUUGGAAGAAAAAAUGUCUUUGUGAUAUGGGAAUUGUCACACAAUGCAUUUCCCCUGGAAAAAUUACUGACCAAUACCUCACAAAUGUACUACUUAAAAUCAAUUCAAAGCUUGGAGGAAUCAAUUCUUUGUUGGAAAUAGAGCGACCCUCAAAUCUCCCGUUGAUUAAAGAUACUCCUACAUUGAUUUUGGGAAUGGACGUCUCUCAUGGCGCCCCUGGUCGAUCAGAUGUCCCAUCAAUAGCUGCAGUUGUUGGUUCGCUCCAUUGGCCCUUGAUUUCAAGGUACAGAGCAUCUGUGAGAACACAAUCACCAAAGAUGGAGAUGAUUGAAGCUUUAUAUAAACCAACACCAGAUGGAAAGGAUGAUGGUAUUAUCAGGGAAUUGCUUCUUGAUUUCUAUAGGACAAGCGGUUCUCGCAAACCGAAACAGAUUAUUGUCUUCAGGGAUGGAGUAAGUGAAUCACAGUUUAACCAAGUAUUAAACAUUGAGCUGGAGCAAAUCGUCAAGGCAUAUCAGCUUCUGGGUGAUUCCGAUGUUCCGAAGUUCACAGUGAUAGUUGCCCAGAAGAAUCAUCAUACUAAAUUAUUCCAAGCUAGUGCCCCUGAAAAUGUUCCACCAGGGACGGUUGUGGACACAAAAAUUGUGCAUCCAAGAAACUAUGAUUUCUACAUGUGUGCUCAUGCUGGGAUGAUUGGAACAUCUAGGCCAGCUCAUUACCAUGUCUUGCUAGACGAGAUAGGUUUCUCUCCUAAUGACUUGCAGAAUCUCAUCCAUGCUCUUUCCUACGUGUACCAAAGAAGCACGACAGCUAUCUCGAUAGUGGCUCCUAUUUGUUAUGCUCACCAUGCUGCACAUCAAGUGGGUCAAUUUUUGAAGUUUGAUGAACUUUCAGAAACAUCUUCAGGAAACGUGACAUCAGCAGGAAGUAUUAUAGUUCCAGACCUCCCAAGGCUGAAAAAGAACGUGGCAGCCUCAAUGUUCUUCUGUUGACAAGCUGCUGUUAAAUACUACAAUUCUAGGCUAACCGUCGAUAGUUUUGGCUAGGCUAGGUUAUACAAUAGAAGCUAC